AUGCACUAUAUAACAUCUCGCAAUAUUCUACACAGAGAUUUGGCUGCAAGAAAUGUACUGCUGUGCACCAACAACGUAGUCAAGAUUUGUGAUUUUGGAUUGGCACGAGACUUACAUAAGAACGGAUAUUACCGAACGCGUGGAGAAGAAAAAGUUCCAAUGCGUUGGUUGGCGCUCGAAUCUCUUAACGAACCAAAGUACAGUGUACAUUCUGAUGUCUGGUCAUUUGGUAUCGUUCUAUGGGAGCUAUUUUCACUCGGAGAAUUACCAUAUUCUGAAGAAAAAAUGCAUACUUUUGGCGAGCUAGAAAUGCAUUUAAAAGACGGACACCGAUUGAGUAAACCACAAUAUGCCACACAAACUAUAUACGAUAUUAUGAGGUCAUGUUGGAACGCCGAUGCCAAGGCACGUCCAUUAUUCGAUAAUCUUGAGAAGAAAAUUUCCGAGCUUAUGGAACCUGGUGUUGUGCAGCAUUUUAUCGAUUUAAGUAAAUCGUAUUUGGAGUCACAUGUGAGCCAAAAUGAAUCAGGAGAAAUGAACUUUAUCUCACAAAUGACAUCACCUGUACUUGACGAAAACGCACAAAUGUUAGAAAAUUCAAAGACAUCCUCUGCUGCUCACUUCGCUUCUGAACAACUAAACAAAACGGCCGAAAUACAACCGCUUAAUUCUCAAUUGAAUGAACAUAACCGAAAAUGUUUUGUACUGAAUUAAAUUUUAAUAUAACCUAUUUGAACUUUCAAAAUUUUUGCAAGUGAAUCUUUUUCAAUAUAAAAAUUUUAAAAAUUGAAAAAACUUCGAAAAAGAUGUGGACGAUUUCGUGUGGAAUUGUCGUAUAAUGAUGAAGUUGUUAUGAUUAAUAUUUUCAAGUGAAUCUUUUUCUAUACAAGCCAUAAUAAUUGACUAGUAGU